AUGAGUGAAAUUGAUCAUUCAAGCCUUGGAACAACAGGUAAAAAUGAUGUUCAAACUUCAACAAAUUCUAAAGAAGAAGAACAAUACAUUACCCCAGAAUUCACACCAGAAGAAUUAUCUAAAUUGAACAAGAUUUAUUUAAAGCUAGAUCUUCGUAUCAUUCCAGCAUUAUGGUGUUUAUAUUUCCUAACAUCAUUUGGUUCUUCAGCUUAUGGUAAUACACUAACUAUGAAUUCAGAAAAGAAACAUUCUUUAAUUCAAACAUUGAAGUUAACAACUCAUGACACAUCUACAGCUUCGGCCCUAUACUAUGUUGGUUAUAUCAUUUUCGAUGUUCCUAUGAAUAUUGCAAUGACAAAAUUAGCGCCCCAAGCUUGGUUAUCCCGUAUUGUAUUCACUGUUGGAUUAGUUUAUGCUUGUUAUGCCGCUUUGGAUAAUGCUGGUGGAAUCAUUGCAGUUAGAUUCAUUAGCGGUGUUGCAGGUGCAGGUACUUGGCCUGGAUUGAGUUAUUACGUUAGUUUAUGGUAUCCUCCACAUCGUAUGACUAGAAGAAUUGGUUAUUAUUUCACAGCGGCACAACUUAGUGCGAGUGCAGCUGGGUUAGUUGCAGCUGGGUUCCAAAAAAUGGAUGGUGCUAGAGGAUUGGAAGGUUGGAGAUGGUUGUUUUUGGUUUAUGGUGUUGUUACUAUUUUCGUUAGUUUAUUAUUAUUAGUUUGGUUACCAGAUAACGAUGUUGAUAGACCAGAAUCAAGAUUUGAGAUUAUAAAUAAAUUUAGAAAAUUGAAUGUCUAUCCACUAACUGAAGAUGAAAGAAUUUUACAUGAAAGGGAAAUGUCAAUGUAUAAUACUAAAGUGCAUUGGGGUUGGAAGAAACUGGUUGAAAUUUUCCUUGAUAUCAAAUUAUGGCCAUUAAUUAUGAUGUAUUUUGGUGUUGUCGGUACUGGGUUUGGUCUAGCAGUUUUCGGUACAACUUUAAUCAAAGCAGUCCUAGGAGUUUCAUCUAUAAAUGUUAGUUUACUAUAUGCUCCAAUUUGGUUAUUCGACUUGGGUGCAAUUUUGUUGAUUACACCAUUUUCAGAUAUUUUCAAAAAAUUCAGACCUUUAAUCUUUUCAGUUUCAACAGUUAUUAUCAUUAUUGGAUUAGUUGUUUGUACAUAUGCUAAACACAAGUGGUCAAGAUAUGGUGGAUUAUUGAUUUCAGGGUUUGGGUUAGGUCCAACAGUUCCAACUUGUAUGUCAAUGACUGCAGAGAUUUUUGGAGCAAAACAUGGUGAUAUUGGUGUCGCAGUUUCAAGUGCAUUAGUUAGUGGACUUGGUAAUUUAGGUUCAGUUAUGGCUACGUAUGCCUUAUAUAGUGGAUGGCCAGCUGAUAAGAAACGUACUUAUGAAUACUCAAACAUGAUGCUUGUUGUUAUUUUAGGUGUUUCCAUAAUAUCUGCAGGUGUUUCUACAUUAAUGAGUAGAAAAAGAAAGUAA